AUGAAGCCAGUCUCUGCCCUCCUCUUCGCCACGGGCGCCGCCGCGGCCGUGCUCAAGAGGAACGUCGACGUCAACGAGCCCCUCGCGGCCCGCACGAUCGACUCGUGGAUCCUCAACAACAACGAGCCCCAGCGCGACUACUGGUACGGCCGCGCGGCGCUCUACACGGGCGUCGAGGCCGUCUACGAGCUCACCAAGAACGAGACGCUGCUGGCGUGGUACCGCUCCCGCAUCGACGGCCUCGUCGUCACGGAGAACGGCACGAUCCCCGGCUUCCGCACCGACCACUACUCCCUGGACGACUACCGCAUCGGCCGCAACAUCCUCUACUGGUACCAGCGCACCGGCGAGGAGAAGUACAAGAUCGCCGCCAGCACGAUCCGCGGCAUGCUCAACAACCACCCCCGUACCCCCACCGGUGGUUUCUGGCACCGUUCCCCCAUCUACAAGAACCAGAUGUGGCUGGACGGCAUCUACAUGGCUGACACCUUUUACGCGCACUACACGUCCCUCUUCGACGCGGCCAACACGACGGCCUGGGACGAUAUCGUCCUGCAGUGGGACAAGAUCGAGGAGGCGAUCCGCGAUCCCGUGACGGGCCUGCUCUUCCACGGGUUCGACGAGGGCAAGGAAGCCGUCUGGGCGGACGACGUGACGGGCGCGUCGCCGCUCAUCUGGAACCGCGCGGUCGGGUGGUACUUCAUGUCCUUGAUCGAGGUGCUCGACCUCUUCCCCAAGGAGCACGCCGGGUACGAGCGUCUCCUCGGCUACUACACGUCGCUCGCGGCGGCGCUCAAGCAGGCGCAGGACCCGACGUCCAACGGCUGGUGGCUGGUCAUGAACGAGCCGUACCCGGGCAAGGAGGGCAACUACUUCGAGAGCUCGUCGGCGGCCAUGUUCACGUGGGGCUGGCUCGCCGGGCUGCGGCUCGGCUACAUCGACGAGGCGACGUACCUCGAGCCCGCCACCAAGGCGUACACGCACCUCGUGACCGACUUCAUCACCAAGAACUGCAACGGCACCGUUACCUGGACGGACACGGUGCAGGUCGGCUCCCUGAACAGCAAUGCUUCGUUCGAGUACUAUGUCGGCAUUCCCGUCGUUGACAAUGACACCCGUGGUGUCGGCCCGUACCUGCUCGCCGCCUACGAGUGGGAGCUCCGCAACAACAUCUCGGCAUAG